GAUUCAGUAUUCCAAACUGGCAACCCCUUAGAGUCGACGCCAACCGUCUGUUUCGGCCCUUUGCCUAUCAAGUGUUUUUGCGGCUCCUUCUUGUGCUGAACGAAUAUGUUGUGCUUCACCUUCGGUCUGAACAGAGGUGGAUGCCGUUGGCAGAAACUUUGCUCCUUUUCACUUCCGAGUUCCCAUUCAGUGUCAUCAAAUCAGACCGGGUAUGAUCAACUCACCCUCAUCAUCGUCCAAAUCCAUCCCAAUUCCAGCAUACGUCUCCCCAGACCACUCUUUUUUUUUCACACCUUCUUCUCUAUCUUCUUGGCGUUUCCUCGUCAAUUCAUGCACUCGUUUUCUCGUUUGGCAUUGAGCACUCGGUUUUGGGGGGCGGAGUGGAUGGCGAUUAUGAAUUUGGGACAGAGGGUUGUGGAAAGUGGGCCAGAGGGGUUUCAAGGAAUGGAAGCUUGCUGUCGCUUUCUGCGGGGGGUGGAGUUGAUAUUAAUAAUUAUUCGCUUCUGGGCAGCUCUGCUCAGCAGGCUGAGCCGGGCUGAGCUCUGGGGCAAGCUCUGGGACAGCUUCUGGGGACUCAUCCAUCGCGCUUUUCCUAGCAGCAGUACGUAGACAGACACGACAGACGGACCUCCGACCCCCGCACUGCCGCCCAAAGCAAGCAGCAGCGGCAGUACGGUAGUCUAUAGUGGGGUG